UGGCCAAGUACCAGCUACUGCUCUCGCAGGCCAACGCCACCCAGCGCUGGACCCUUGUCGAUAGUCUUCAAGUGUUUGAUUCUGACAAGCAAGGUGGCAAGCCAGAGCUGCGCCCGCUGCCUGAUUUUCUGCCCGUGCAAGACGCGUCCGAGUCGCAUGCGGUGCCGUUUGGGCAGCUCUUUCUGCAUGUGCUCGUCGUCGCAGCGUGUCUCUUGUCGAUGAUUGCAGUCGUCGCGCACUCGCUCAAGUCGCGGCGGGAGGGGUACGCCGCCAUCUCGCGCCACGCCCAAGUCCAGAAGAAGCAAGUGCGCCGGGUGGACCUUCGCCAUGCGAACCCGGUUCCGCGCAACGAGGACAAGGUGCUGCGUCACUCGCACGAGCAAAACGAGCGCUUUGCAGUUUAA